AGUAAUUUUUACAUGGAGCUAGGCGCCUACAAAUGUAUCAACUGGAACGAUGAUGAUUUUCUUACUCAGGUGCAGAAACUAACGUCAGAUAGAGGUGGUAUUGAGAUUAUCUUGGAUAGUAGGGGAGAUCAUUUGCCUCAAGAUCUAGAAGCCUUAUGUUUCGGGGGUGUGGUCGUAUUUUUGGACAUGCAUGGUAAAACAUUGGUGGAUGUUGAUAUUCAGUGGUUGAUGGCGAAAAAUGCCCAAAUCGAAGUGGUUGAUAGGGCCCAAAAUUUGGACAGAAAAGUCGUUCUUGGCGCUAAGCUGUAUAUGCAGGAUGCAAUCAAUACUGGACUGGUGAAAUUGCAUCCUGGAAAGUGCUUCCAUCUUUCUGAGGCAAAUCUUGCUCAUAGGUACAUGGAGAGCAUGAACAUAGGUCAGAAAAUGUUGUCCCCUUUGGCUUCAUGGAAUCCAAGUUUAGUGCCUUUUGUUUACAAGGGGAUGUUAGCAAAACACGUCAAGGGGAAAACACUGCUUGAUUGUCAAGCGAAGGGACAACCUGAUAAAAGGCGAAAAUUAGAAUAGAGUUCCAGGGGUCUAAAAGCUACAAGUGUGUCCAAACCUAUGUUUGGAUUUUGAACUGUCCAUUCUAAAUUUUUGUAGUUCAGAUUGUGUGGCACGUACAUUUUCAGUGUCUAUUUUGAGAAUUUGCAGUCCAGACAUGAAAGUUGUAUUGUAAGGUUAAUGAUUAUGUAAGUUGCAG